AUGGGCAGAGAAGAAACCGGUAGAGCUGCCGCCGGAGACAAGAAGAAGAAGAGGUCGAAGAAGUCAAUCGAGACCUACAAGAUCUAUAUCUUCAAGGUGUUGAAACAGGUUCAUCCAGAUAUAGAGAUUUCAAGCAAGUCCAUGGGUAUCAUGAACAGCUUCAUCAACGAUAUCUUUGAGAAGCUUGCUCAGGAAUCUUCUAGGCUUGCUAGGUACAACAAAAAGCCCACCAUCACUUCUCGGGAGAUUCAGUCUGCUGUCCGAUUGGUCCUUCCCGGUGAAUUGGCUAAGCACGCCGUCUCUGAGGGUACCAAGGUGGUUACCAAAUUCACUAGCUCUUAGAUAUGUGUUAGUUUUGUAUUGAUUUUUCUGUUGGGUUUAUGAUUUCAGUUAGCGUUUUGGAGAUGUAAGGAACAGAAAAAUUGAAUCUAAAAUAGAUUUGAUGAA